UGCCAGUACAGAGCUGGUUUUGAAAGUAGUGAGUAUGCUUCAGAAAGCCUGAAUGUAGUAUGCAGGUUCAGAGACAAGUGAAUUAGCAAGAGACACAUCAGUUAACCAAAAGACUGUUCUUGUGCAGUGUCAGUGCAUAUCUCAUACUAUCUUGAGAACAUUGAAAUUGCCCCUGCAAGUUGCCUUUAACGGCACACAUUAAUUGCAAUCAUGGCAGCCCAAACUCCCACAUCCGGAGCCACUGAUAGUCCCUCAAGACGCAUUGUUGCCAAACCUGUGAAAACCAUCGUGCCUGCUGCAGAGGACUGUCCAUAUACACAGUUCUACUGCGAGGAAAAUGUGUGGCGACUUUGUGAAUAUGUGCGGUGUCACGAGCCAUCAGAUCUGGUCAAGUGCCAUGUCGUCUUCAUCAGCAACGAGUCACGGUGUGUGCCGUUGUGGAGACAGCGAAUGGGCAAGUCGGAGGACAAGCUGGUCACUUGGGAUUAUUCUAACAUCUUCACAUGUGUUGCGCCGAGUGAAAAGGAUUACCACGUGGUGUUCAUGUACGAGCCUGAUGAUCGGUGCCUUGUAUUUGACCUAGACUCUGACCUGCCCUUCCCAACUUAUUUCCACAAGUAUGUGACCGAAACCCUCCGCACAGAUCACAUCCUUAGCCCAGAGCAUUACAGGUACUUCCGAGUUGUGCCAGCCUCUGUGUUCCUUCAGAAAUUUGCCAGCGACAGAAGGCACAUGAGACGUGAGGACGGGACCUGGACCCAGCCCCCACCAUCAACACCACCAAUAUCCACACCUGAGUCAGUGCAUAACAUUGACGACUUCAUUAGCAUGGAUCCCAAGCGAGGUUUUGGAACAGUAUACAACCUUCAAGAUUUUGUUCGCAGAUUUUAUAAAAAUCUGUAGUAUGUCCACAACGAAGUACUGUUAUGCUGUUACACUCCUAUGAAGACCUUUUUAAUGCACAGUUCACACGAUAACUUGUUUUACUAUUUUUGAAAUAGAAUAGCUUGUAUUUGUGAGAAAUGUUUUUAGCUGUCAAAUUCUUCUGAAUUAUUAUUCUUAUUUUUUCCAUUGUUUCAUAUUAGUACUGGUUUUCCGACAUUUGUGAUGUUGAAGCGAUAUUUUUUUAAAGAUUCUCCUGGUAUAGAAAAAAGCUAUUCAUUCAUGACAAGAGUUACUAAUAUCUUACUUCCACUAUUGAACAGUAUGUAAUUACUACUUCAGAAUAAAAUGUAGAUGUAUGAACUAAUACGAAUUCCUUUGUGAGGCUUGUUUUUGGUAGAUAAUUGUGAAAUGAUGGUAUCAACCAUAAUUGCAUCUGUGUUACUUGCAGUCAGUCUCCUUCUGAAAGUCAGAGAUUUGGUGAUUUUCAUUUGUGACAGCAUUGGUUUAUAAAAGAAUUUUAAUGCAUCUAAAAUGGUUCAUGUAAUGCAUCUCAAUGUUAGUGAUAUUUUCUGUAAUUGAUAGGAACAAAUAUAUAUUUUGAUAAAAAUA